AUGACCGAACAAGCUGCCCUAGUAGUGCUGUUCGAGAAGUACGUGCCCAGCUGCUUAGAAGGGCUGAAGACCAAAUUCAAAAUCAUAACUCCCAUACCAGAAAUAACGCAUAUACAAAUGCUGUGUUCGUUGCUCGAGUGCCUCUUGACCCCUGUGAAUUGUCCACCUGACUCAAGUAGAGACGUGUACGAGACGUACUUCGUGUUCGCUUGCAUCUGGGCUUUCGGUUCAGCGACGUUCCAAGACCAGGUAUGCUGCCCAAUCACCAAUUAUAAUACGAUUAUAACGACAAUUUCAUUUCUUCCUCACAGUUGAUAGAUUGGAAAACCGAAUUUUCCAAAUGGUGGACAAACCAAUUCACGACCAUUAAAAUCCCGCCGACAGGACUUGUAUUCAACUAUUAUAUUGACCACGAAACAAAAAAGUUUCGUCCAUGGUCCGAUUUAGUAACAUCGUUCGAACUCGAUCCAGGAGUUCCGCUACAGGUUAAGUUAUAUUAUUUUAUGCUGUUGAUAAAAACGGAUUAUUUUUUAUCACUAACUAUUGUACAAAAUGAUAAUCUGACCACUGUUUAUGCACAGUGAUUCAUUAUCUAUAACGCGUUUUGAGUAGUUAAAUAAUAGAUUUAUUCAAAUUCUGUUUUUAAAAAAUGUAUACUUUUUCCCAACCUACAAAUCAGACAGAGUUUGAAUAAAUCUUUUAUUUAAAGAUAAAAUGAAGUGUGAAUAUGUUAUUUAAAAUAAAAUCACUUUUAGUACCUGUAAUACGUAAUACGGUUAAAAUCCUUCGACCUUUCUAAUAAAUCAACAAUAAUGUUAUUAUGUAUAUUUGUUUUACAGCAAACACUUGUAAACACAAAUGAAACUACGCGGGUCAGAUAUUUUCUGGACCUUUUAAUAGACAAAAAAAAACCGAUAAUGUUUGUUGGUGCUGCUGGUACUGGAAAAUCGAUUAUCGUAAAUGACAAACUAAAAUCACUUUCUAGUGAUCUGUACGCCGUUUCGAACGUACCGCUUAAUUUCUAUACGUCAUCAGGUAUAUUUCAAAUGAAUACGAUUUUUUUAUUUAUACAUAUAUUUUAACUUUCUACAAAACAAAUAUAUUACACUCUAUACAUCAAAGCAAAAGUUUUGGUAGAAAAUUUGGUUUACAGGUACAAAAAAAAAAAAAAUACACAUAGUUAAACCAAUAGAACCCACGCCAUGUUCUGAAUCUAAAUGUAUGCAAUAAAAAGCGGCAAAAAAAAAAAAAGAUUCUAAGAACCGUGUUUUUUUUAAAAAUGUUCGAAAACCAAUCGUUUGAUAUUAAUUAGUUUUUGGUGUGUUCUUUUACCAGAAAUGUUACAAAAGAUUUUGGAAAAACCACUGGAGAAAAAGGCUGGACGAAACUAUGGUCCACCUGGCGGAAAAACUCUAAUAUACUUUAUUGAUGAUAUAAAUAUGCCAGAGGUAACUUACGAUAUUUAAUAUCAUGCUAUUUACUCGUUGGGUCAAAAUGAGUAUUGUAAUUUAUAAAUUAUGGUUAUAAGUAAUUCUGAUAACCUAACCUAACCUAGCUUAUUAUGUUAUAACGAGUCAAAUGAGUCUGUAUUUUACUAAUUAUAAAAUGAAAAUAUCAUAGUAUAAAUACCUAAUUUAAAUCUGUAAUCCAAAACAUGUACAUACAUAAAUAGGCGUUGAUCUUGAAUAUUUCAUUCACUUUAUAUUUUAUAAGGUCGACGCUUAUGGCACGGUGGCACCUCAUACACUCAUCAGAGAAUACAUGGACUACAAACAUUGGUAUGACCGUAUGAAAUUAUCCCUAAAAGAGAUACAAAACGUAAUGUUUGCGUCGAGCAUGAAUCCGACUGCUGGAAGUUUUACGAUAGAUUCUCGAUUACAGAGACACUUUUAUGUAUUUGCACUCGGGUAAGUCCAUGCUAUUUCCGUAAAACUCUUAAUAUAUUAAUGCACAAGAUUUUUUUUUUUGUAAGCUAUUUUUUUUUUUUAUUUUAUCAUUUAAAUAUUUUUAGAUUUCCGUCUCAGGAUGCGCUGUUUACAAUCUAUACCUCAAUUCUAAGCCAACAUUUAAAAAACCCGGCAAAUAAAUUCAACAAUGCAGUAAUGCAAUUGACAGAUAUUAUUGUACAAUUGGCAAUCGAUUUUCACAGCAGAAUUCUUACGCUAUUUUUGCCAACGGCAAUUAAGUUUCAUUACAUAUUCAAUCUGAGAGAUAUGAGUAAUGUUUUUCAGGUAAAAUUGUUUAAAUCGAAUAGUUACCGUAUAGUGUAGGUACCCGUACAAUACAUUUAGCAAAACACUAGCGUUCCAUGAAACACAUUUUUUUUUUUUACAAAUAGGGACUUAUGUUUGCCAACGGCGAUUGUGUGACAAACACUAUUUCCUUUAUACAACUGUGGUAUCACGAGACCAGCCGAAUUUAUGCCGAUAAACUAAUCGAGAACAAAGAUCAAGAAUUAUUUGCUAAAACACUUUCUGAGCAAAUAAAGAAAUCGUUUCCCGUACGUAUAUCUAAAAAAAUAUUAGUUUAUUAAAACUCAGUCACUUAAUUAAUGAACUAAGUGGCCGAAUUUACACUAAUUAAUUAAUUAGUGUNNNAUAAACUAAUCGAGAACAAAGAUCAAGAAUUAUUUGCUAAAACACUUUCUGAGCAAAUAAAGAAAUCGUUUCCCGUACGUAUAUUUAAAAAAAAAUAAUAGUUUAUUAAAACUUGGUCACUUAAUUAAUGAACUAAGUGGCCGAGUUUAUACUAAUUAAUUAAUUAGUGUAUUUAUAGAGUAAAUGGGAACUUUGGCAUAGAAAAAUUUUAAACCAUUUACAAGUAAAUGUUAUAAAUUGUUUUCAAAACGAUUUCAUAAUCUAAUUACACAUUUCUUUAAUCACCAAAAUUAAUUUAAUGAAUGUUUUUAUUCAUAAUAUGACUAUGUGAACGUAUAAGAUGUUUAUUGUAAAACUCACAACUGAAAAAUUUCUUUAGAUUUUUUCCUGAAAAUAUCAAGAAAGUGUAUCGAAAAAUGAAGUAUUACUCGUACUAAGAACUAUUAAAAUUCGUAGUUUUGUCGUAUUUUUCCGAUAAUAGAGAUAAUUGCACCGUAUUGUGUCUAGUUUACAUUUAUAUGUCUUUUUUCCACUAUUUUUGAGUACUUUAAGCAGAACUACUUUAUAUGAGGAUUACAGUGAUAAUAUUUUGGUUGAAUUGAAAAAUAAAUUUUGAAUUAUUGUAUAUAGUGCUUGAUUUGGGGGAACGCAAGGAGACUGAGUACCUUAAAAAUUUGUUGGAUAUCCCUACUUCUAACUUUAAGGGGAACACAUGGGACGGAUUAUUAUUGAAGCUUGCAUUUUCUUUAGAUAAAAUUACGAAACUUAAAUUUAUAUAUAAAUCUUACAAAAUGUAUUGAUAUCUCAUAUCUGAUAUGCGAUAAGAAUAACUAAUAAGUAGUCAUCAAUGAUGAUUCAUUAUCUAUAAAUCCACGUAACCAAUAACCACUAACCUAACCCUAAUAUUAUCAUUAAAAAACAUGCUAUUAUCUCGUUUAACCCAAUUGAUUAACUUUGAAUGUUAGUUUUAAAAAAAAACAAGUUUUAUCUAAACAAUUAUUAUAUUAUUCUGUUUUGUUAUGAUGUAUGUUAUUGAUUUUAUAUUAGUGCUUCUUAAACCGUAAAAGGGAGUAUGGGGAAGGCAAAGCCCCUCAUGAUAACAUAAGGGGUAUUAAAAUACUAAGGACUCCUUUUAAAAUAGCGACAAUACCUCUCCUACUUUUUUCCUAAGUCAAGUUCACUGUGUAUACAUGAUCCAAAUAUCAAGAAUGUGUAUUUUGAGCGUUACAUCUUUCAACAGCGUCCUAAACUAUUGGUAUUAUCAAAUUUCAUGUUUUUACAGAAAAUACAGGAUUUUAAAUAAUCCUACAAACUAAAAUAAAUCUAAAGCUUGGGCAACCAUAUUUAUUUUCAAAUCAUCAAUGUAACUCUAGUGAUGAAACUCAGCUGCUCACAGGUAUUUUUUUUUUUUUUGUACAGGAUAUUCCGGAGACUGAUUACUUGGUGAGCCCUAUGAUAUUUUCGCACUUUGCAGAAGCCAUAGGUGACACAAAGUAUAUGCCUGUCAAGUCGUGGGCAUCGCUUCAGAAGCUACUCAACGAUGCGAUGGCCUCGUACAACGAACUCAUCGGUGCCCUGAAUCUGGUUCUGUUUGAGGAUGCCAUGUCACAUGUGUGCCGCNAAGUAUAUGCCUGUCAAGUCGUGGGCAUCACUUCAGAAGCUACUCAACGAUGCAAUGGCCUCGUACAACGAACUCAUCGGUGCCCUGAAUCUGGUUCUGUUUGAGGAUGCCAUGUCACAUGUGUGCCGCAUUAACCGUGUCCUGGAACUACCCAGGGGUAAUGCGCUAUUGGUGGGGGUCGGUGGUAGUGGAAAACAGUCUUUGGCUCGGUUGUCAGCGUUCAUAUCGUCCCUGGAACCGUUUCAAGUGCAGCUCAGGUCUUCAUAUGGCAUUGCUGACUUAAAAGCCGACCUAUCCACGUUAUACAUAAAGGCCGGCCUAAAGAGCGCUGGGAUAAUGUUCCUGAUGGCUGACUCCCAGGUGGCCGACGAGCGAUUCCUCGUGCUCAUCAACGACAUGUUAGCCANGGUAAACAGUCUUUGGCUCGGUUGUCAGCAUUCAUAUCGUCCCUGGAACCGUUUCAAGUACAGCUCAGGUCCUCAUAUGGCAUUGCUGACUUAAAGGCCGACCUAUCAACCUUAUACUUAAAAGCCGGCCUAAAGAGCGCCGGGAUAAUGUUCCUGAUGGCUGACUCCCAGGUGGCCGACGAGCGAUUCCUUGUGCUCAUCAACGACAUGUUAGCCAGUGGACAGGUACCAGAAAUGUUUGCCGACGACGAAAUCGAUACGAUUAUUCAGACGAUCAGCCCUGAGGUACUAACCAUUAAUAACAUAAGAUAGCUGAGCUAAGGACAAAAAGUUAGAAUUAAGUAGAAAAGUCACUCGUAUAAAUUACUUUAAACUUACUUAGAUAAUUCAAAUUCUGAAUAACAUUUUAAGCUUAUGCUUUGUUGUAUUGAAUACCUGUCUUAUUUUAAUCUAUGACUUGUUUUUCUUCGGAUUUUGGCGGGUAUAAUUUUAAACUAUUAAUAUUUCAAAUAUUAUAAUUAUAUUGAUGUUUGAAUGUAUAAUUGUUUUACAUUUUACAUAUUUUUACCAUGUUUGAAAGUAUUCAGUCUUUAAAAUUUGAUUUAAUAAUUUAGUUUUUUUUUUUAAUAAAUGAGUGUUAGGGAAAAUGAGUAGUUAUAAUGAAAAAAUAAAAUAAAAAUGUCAACAAUUUUUUUUCUAAUUUAAGUUAUUAUUUUUUCCGCAAAACUAUCUUAACUUAAUUAAGUUAUAUAAUUUGUGUAACUUAUAUGCGCAACAUUCGUUACCUAUACUUUUAUAUGGGUAUAAAUAAACGUACCUAUGAUUAAAACUAAAUCUAAAUCACUGUGUUAUAGGUUAAAGCUGCCGGAAUUUCAGAAACCCGGGAAAACUGUUGGUAUUUCUUCAUUAAUAAAGUGAGAUCGUUGAUAAAGAUCGUGUUGUGCUUCUCUCCUGUGGGUAACNAUAAAUUACUUUAAACUUACUUAGAUAAUUCAAAUUCUGAAUAACAUUUUAAGCUUAUGCUUUUUUUUAUUGAAUAACUGUCUUAUUCUAAUCUAUGACCUAUUAAAUACAAAAACGAUGACUUGUUUUUCUUCGGAUUUCGGUGGGUAUUUUUUUAAAUUAAUAUUAUUUAAAAUAUGAUAAUUAUAUUGAUGUUUGAAUAUAUAAUUGUUUUAGAUUUUACAUAUUUUUACCAUGUUUGAAAGUAUUCAGUCUUUAAAAUUUGAUUAAAUAAUUAAGUUUUUUUUUUUAAUAAAUGAGUGUAGGGUAAACGAGUAGGUACAAUGAAAAAAUAAAAUAAAAAUGUCAACAAUUUUUUUUUCUCAUUUAAGUUACUAUUUUUUCCACAAAACUUAAUUAAGUUGUAUAAUUUGUGCAACUUAUGCACAACAUUCGUUACCUAUACGUGUACAUGGGUAUAAUAAACGUACCCAUGAUUAAAACUAAAUCUAAAUCACCGUGUUAUAGGUUAAAGCUGCCGGAAUUCAAGAAACUCGGGAAAACUGUUGGUAUUUCUUCAUUAAUAAAGUGAGAUCGUUGAUAAAGAUCGUGUUGUGCUUCUCUCCUGUGGGCAAUACUAUUCGAGUACGAGCCAGACGGUUUCCAGCUCUGGUCACGUGCACCUCUAUCAACUGGUUUUACGAAUGGCCGAAGGAANCUUUGGAAUCCGUAUCAUACAGAUUUUUAAGUGAUUUAAUGGAACUCCCAAUCAAACUAAAGAAACCGGUGUCGGUUUUCAUGGCUCAAGUACACAGUUCAGUAAAUGAAAUGUCGGUACAAUAUUUGGCAAAUGACCGUCGUUACAAUUACACAACGCCGAAAUCAUUUUUGGAACAAAUUGCACUCUAUAUGAAGCUCUUAGUGUCCAAAACCAAUGAUAUUAAAUUUGGAAUUUUGAGAUUUCAAACUGGCAUUAAACAAUUGAUAUCCUGUGCUAUACAAGUAAAUCAAAAUACGAUUACACAAAUAAUAUCUACUUAAAGAUUUAACGACUCCGAUAAAAGUUUAUUUACUAUUAUUGUUAAUGUUUUGUUAAAAGGUCGACGGUUUAAAACUCGANACAAUUGAUAUCCUGUGCUUUACAAGUAAAUCAAAAAACGAUUACCCAAAUAAUAUCUACUUAAAUAUUUAACGGUUCCGAUACAAGUUUAUUUACUAUUAUUAUUAAUAUUUUUGUUUAAAGGUCGACGGUUUAAAACUCGAAUUAGAUGUACAAGAAGUCGAACUUACCAAGAAAAACCAAAAGGCAGAAGAAUUAAUUAAAAUUGUCCAAAAAGAAACGGAAAAAGUAAAGUUUGAAAAAGACAAAGGUAUUUAUAAUUUUCAUAUACCUAACCGUCUUGAAUUGUAAAACAACAUAAUUAUCGUUUCUCUAUAGCUGCUGAAGAAGAAGACAAAGUAAUGUUGAUCGAAGAAGACGUCGGUUUGAAACAACGAAUAUGUGCGGAAGAUCUCGAAAAAGCCGAACCAGCCUUGGUAGCAGCACAAGCUGCCUUAGAUACAUUAAAUAAAGUAAUUUCACUCUUAGAUUCUGACCGUAACAGAAAAUGUAUAAGUAUUACGUUUUACUGUGAUGUGCGUUUUUGAUUUUUUGUCUAUUUGUUAACAAUUUUUUAUCCAGAAAUCUUUCUCCGUAAAUCAACUCGAGCGAUGUUUUCUAGUCGUAAAUUUAGUGUACCAAGUACUCUAUUUGAUUCGUUUAAAAGGCAUUUAUAACAUUUUAUAUUUUAUUAACGUUUUAUAAGACAUUUAUGAGAUUUUUUAGUAGUUUUUUAUAAUUGGAANAAAAGGUAUUCGAUUUUUUAUUUUUAAGUGGUUAAAAUAUUAUAAUUUAUUUUUAUCAGCGUGUUUUAAGUUCAAAUUCAUGUUGAAAUUAAUUAAAACACGAAUGUAAAAUUGUAGUUACAAAUUAAUAUAAUUUUUUAAUUUAAAUUUAUUAAAACUUUUAAAAAUAAAAAUAGACAUAUUUUUUGUAUUGUAUUGUAUUUUUUAAUUGGGUACGUAUAAUUGAAUAAAAUAAUGAUUACAAUUAGAAUUAUCAUAAAAUAAUAUAGGUAUUUAAAUCGUUAUUAUAUUUUAUACAGUAUAUUAUACAUAUCCAAUAGAAAUAUUAAACAUACUAAUAUCUACCCAUGUUAUGUUUCAGAAUAAUUUAACUGAAUUGAAAUCCUUUGGAUCGCCUCCUGAUGCCGUGGUUAACGUCACGGGUGCAGUUCUGGUCCUACAAUGUAAAAAAGGAAAAGUUCCAAAAGAUAGAAGCUGGAAAGCUUGCAAAGUAUAAUUAUUAUUUCUAGUAAUAGAUUCAGCAAAUUAUUAUUUUUUGAAAUUACCCAACAGCCAGGGUUAGACGGGAUACCCACUCAAAAAAUACCAUCAUGAUACAUGAGUUAAUAGUGUAUCUAUAUACUAGGUGCAUUUUGAAAGUAAAAAAUAUACUAGAUUCAAGAUAGAUACUAACAUGUAUCAAAGAUUCAUGAUAUAAUUUCAAAUUAAAUUUUAUAAACUAUUAUACAUUUAUAUUUGUCAGUUUUUCAAAAUAAUAUACUAAUAUACAUUUACCUAAACAUAGUACAGUAAGUACGUUAAUAGUUGGAAAAAUGCAAAUCAACUGAUAAAUCAUUGUUCAUUAAUACAAAUUUUUUUAUUAAAAUUGUAUUUUUUAUUUUAUGUUAUUGUUAUUUAAAACAAUGUCCCGUUAAAGAUUACAGAAUUAUUAAUAUUUUAUCCGGUAAAAUAAUUCAUUAAAAUAAAUUUAAACGAAACAAUUAUAAGUUUCGUCCAAUUAGAAAAGACAAUAUUGCCACCUGAGUGCGGUAAGGGCACAGAUAAAUUUUAAAUCUAAUGGUACCUAAUUUUUACAAUAUUAUCACCAUGCCUCACUAUCACAGAUCACUUAUCAGUUAUCCUUACAGAUAUCAUUCAAUAUAAUAAGCAUUAUGAUAUUAUUUAUGUUGUACAUAAUUUAUACAUAAUGAAGUGUUAGCUGUUGUAAUUUAUAUAGUUAGAUAUUUAUAUAUUAAGUAUAUAUGUAACUUAUAUAUAAGUUAAAAGUUAAUUAUUUAUAAUUUGUAAGUUUCAAUAAAUACCAAUUAUUAUUUAGACAAUAUAUACGAGUCUAACAGUUCAAAAAAAAAUAAAUAAAUAAAAAGGAUUGUAUAAUAUGUAGAAAAGUAAACGCAGUCACGGAGAGGCAGAGCCCCCUCACGUUUAUUUUCUCAGUGAUCUAAGCGUGUUGCUUGUACCUAUGAAUUUUUUGUCGGACUACAUCACAGUGUAUCACGAUACAAGAUAUAAUGGUAUCCUUGAUACAUGUAUCUGUGAUACUACCCAACCCUGCAACAGAAAUAUGUUAUUUAUUUUGGAUUCACCGAUGACAUACUCUACAAAUAUUAGAAAAACAAAUAUCUUUAGAAUAUAAUUUAUUUGUAUAGGUAAUGAUGGCUAAAGUUGACGGAUUUUUGGAUUCANUCAUAAACUACGAUAAAGAACACGUACACCCUGAUGUAGUUAAAGCGAUUCAACCUUAUUUGAAAGACCCAGAAUUCGAUCCUGAUCUCAUCGCAGGAAAGUCUUCGGCUGCUGCAGGUAAAUAAAAAUAUAAUUUAUAAUUAAUACUUUUCAAAGACUAUGUUCUUAGUAUAAGCCAGCGAUCCCCAAUCCAUCAGUUGCGGCCCGCUUGUGGGCCGUGGUCAAUAUGGUACUGAGCCACGGACGCUGGUUGAGACCAUAAUCCAAGAGUCGGAAAAAUUAAAAAAAUAUAUAUUGUUAUAAUAUAAAUGUCUAUAUUUCGAUCGAGAUUUUGUAAUAUUCCCACAAUUAUCGGCAUCGUAAAAUUGUAUUGAUUGUCGUUUUCUUAUAAUAUAUUAAUAUUCUAGAAUAUUUUUGUCAUUUUUAUCGUAUUUUAUCAUGCUCGACGUGGAGUGUGGGCACGUUGCGAUUUACUUACCCCCCGACAUUGAUUCUUUCGUAAGAGAAAAACAAUUUCGAAAAUCGCAUUGAAUAGUUCAGCUUUAACCACGUGUUUAUAAAUCGAAAACAAUAAUAAACUUCUUUUUUUAUAAAAAAUAUAAUUUUAAUCUUCUUGCAUGGUUUGUNCGUAAAAUUUUAUUGAUUGUCGUUUUCUUAUAAUACAUUAAUAUUCUAGAAUAUUUUUGUCAUUCUUAUCGUAUUUUAUCAUGCUCGGCGUGAAGUGUGGGCACGUUGCGAUUUACUUAAUCCCCGACAUUGAUUCUUUCGUAAGAGAAAAACAAUUUCGAAAAUCGCAUUGAUUAGUUCAGCUUUAACCACGUGUUUAUAAAUCGAAAACAACAAUAAACUUCUUUUUUUUAUAAAAAAUGUAAUUUUAAUCUUAUGCAUAGUUUGUUUUCCUUUUUGUAUGCAAUAUGCACAUUAUAGUUAUAUAUAUUGGUCAUACGUAUAUAAUAGGUGUCUAUUUGUGUUAUUUUUACCUGUAUAUUGGUUUAGUGGGCCUCAAAGUUUUGUUUUCAAAAUUAGUGGCCCGCACAACUUAAAAAAUUGGAAACCGUUGGUAUAAUCCAUUUAAACGAAUUUGAAAAGAACCAUCCAAAAUAGGUAGUCGUUUUGUACGAUACCUAUUUGGAACUGAUUUUAACCUAAUUUUUUAAUAACAAUUAAAAGGCAUUGCAAAUUAUUUCGAUCGUACUGGCCAAUGUUUCGUUAUUCUAUCCUAAUACUACAUCAAAUAAGUAGUUUAUAAAAUAAACGUGUCGUUUAAAUAACUUAUUAUAGAUACUUACUAAAUUUUUUUUUUCUAUUUAUCAUCAACCUCUUAUACCUAAACCUUAGCAUUAUACUCUCUUUAUUAAUAAAAUAACUUAAAAUUACCGUUUAAGGAAAUUUGCAGACAUUUUUUUUUUAAAUUAUUAAUUUAAUUUGUAAAAUGAAUGGUUUUUAUUCGAGGUUUAUGUGCAUGGGUUAUAAAUAUAAUGAAGUUCAAUGCUGUAUGGCAAGUUGUAGAACCAAAAAGAAAAGCUCGAGAUCAGGCAAACGAAGAACUGAGUGCUGCUAGGGCCAAACUUACAGAGCUUAGAAAUAAAAUUUUGGUAAUCUUUAAUGGCACCUGAUAAAUGACUCAAUUUUAUUUUUAUUACAUUAUUGUUAUUUAGGAUUUGGAAAGAAAACAAAAAAUCUUAACUGAUGAAUUUGAUAGUGCGGUCGCUGAAAAAACCAGAUGUCAAAAUCAAGCCGAUGAAACUGCUAUGAGAAUAGAUUUGGCGAAUCGACUUGUCAAUGGUUUAGCAUCGGAAAAUGUUCGGUGGAAGGACAGUGUUUUAUCGUAAAUUUCUUAAAUUAAAAAUAAUUUAAAAGGAAUUACCAUUUGUUUUAUUUCGUAUUUUAGAUUUCAAAAAAAUUUGAUUACUCUACCUGGGGAUACUCUCAUGGUUUCAGCGUUUGUGUCGUACGUUGGCUACUUUACGAAAGUAUACAGACAGAAACUAAUCCAACAGGAAUGGCUGCCAUAUUUCAAGCAAGUUAAGGUAUUUAAAUGUUCAUAACACAUCGUAAAAAAAAAAACAAAAUAAAAAAAAAAUUAUUUUUUGUAUUAUUGUUAUAAUAUAAUAUACAUUGAAACAACAAUAUACAAAUAACAAUAUAAAAAAAAACAAAAAUUAUUUUCAGCCUGAAAUACCAGUCACAGAUAAUUUAGACCCGCUUACUAUGCUCACUGACGAUACACAAAUUGCAACUUGGAAUAACGAAGGUCUACCAAAUGAUCGAAUGUCAUCUGAAAAUGCUACCAUUUUAUCUAAUUCUGAUCGAUGGCCAUUGAUGGUCGAUCCUGAGGUAGCCCCAGUUUCUAUUUUUAAAUAAAAUAUAAAUUAAAAUGUACACAUUUUUAUAAUAUGGUUUUUUAGCUUCAAGGGAUCAAAUGGAUUAAAACUAAAUAUGGCAAAACUUUAAAAGUGACUCGACUAAAUAAUAAAAAAUGCAUCAAUGAUAUUGAAAACAGUAUUAGAGAUGGGGGCGUUCUCUUGAUCGAGAAUAUGGGUGAAAAUGUUGACCCCGUUCUAGAUAAUGUUAUUGGUCGUAAUUUAAUUAAAAAAGGAAGGUAAAAAUAAAAAAGUAAUUGCCUAUAGAAAUUUAUAUAGGUAAUCAUUUUAUAAUUUCAAUUUUAGGGUUUUAAAAAUUGGUNAGCCGGUAGUGAAAUACUCGGUGACAAAGAACUUGUUCUGAAUCUCGAAAAAUCAAAAAGAACGGCUACGGAAAUCGAAAUAAAAGUCGCAGAGUCAAAAAUAACGUCAAAAGAAAUUGAUAGCGCCCGAGAAGAGUAUCGUAUUGCUGCAACAAGAGCAUCAAUAAUUUUCUUUAUAAUGAACGAUUUGAUCAAAAUAAGUCCAAUGUAUCAAUUUUCUCUAGGGGUAAUGUAUAAAAAAAGUUAAUCACUUAUUUAUAGUUAUUAGUGUUAUUGCUAAUUAAUAAUAUUUAUUUAUUUAUUCAAUUAAUUGUUCAUCAAGUUAUUAAUUAUAUACAUUUGAAUUUUAUUUCCAAAUAAUUGUUUUAACUGGAUACUUUAUUAUUAAGUGGUGGAUUUACGGGAUAGAGAAGGGUUCUAGAGGGUCUAGACCCAUCCCCAAACACCGAUAAAGUGUCAUUUAAAAAAGAGGUAUCUAAUUAUGUAACGUAUCUCAUCGUGUUCAACGGAUUUUUCUUGAGUUGUUAAUAUUAAAUAUUUUUCAAUUUUUUUUUCUGUCGGUUUUUCAUAUUUUUUUCAGACUCCCCCCCCUCUAGAAAAAUGUUUAAAAACCACCACUAUUUAGAUUAUAAUAAUUUUAUUAUUAAUGAUUUCCAUGUAUGAUUUUUAAGGCUUUUAGUGUUGUAUUCCAACGCUCCAUGAGAAAUGCAGAUAAAUCCGACACUUUAAAAGGACGAAUUAUUAAUUUAAUAGACAAUAUAACUUAUCAAACGUUUAUAUAUACAAGUCGAGGUUUAUUCGAAAAGGAUAAACUAAUAUUUAUUGUUCAAAUGACUAUUCAGGUACGAUUUAUAAUGUAUCUAUAAGUAUUAAUUUUACUUUAAUUUGUAUAAUGUUAUUUUAUUUUAUUAAUUUAUAAUUUAUUUAGAUACAAAUCCAAGCACAACAAAUAAAUCCAGCUGAUUUAGAUUAUUUAUUGAGACGGCCAUCAAUUAUUGGGAUUCAGGCUCCGUUUGAUUUUAUUUCAUCAGAUGCUUGGGGAGCUAUAAAGACACUUGUUUCGGUUGAUGAUGAAUACACGUAAAACAAUAAUUUUUUUAUAUAUAUAUACCUACGCAUGCUUAAGAGUAAUUUAAUAAUAAGUAUACCUAUAAAUGUUUUUGAAGUGGAUUAGAUAAGGACAUAGAGUCGUUUCAUAAACGUUGGCAAAUAUAUAUUGAUAGCGAAGCUCCAGAAAAAGAAAUAAUGCCACAAGGGUGGAAAAAUAAAACUUCAUUCCAAAGACUUUGUGUAAUUAGAGCUUUAAGAACUGACCGAAUGACUUAUGCUGCAAAAGUUUACGUCCAGGAAGUUCUUGGAGCUAAAUAUACCAACUUUAGGCCACCAGAAUUUUUUGAAUCGUUCAAAGAAACUUCUUCAAAAACUCCUAUAUUUUUCAUAUUGUCAACUGGAGUCGAUCCAACACGU